AUGCAUACUGAUAAGGUACAGGGGAAAAAAAGGGGAAACAGGUUUCCUUACACUGAGGAAUCAGGGCCUGCCCCACAGCAGGCGGCAGCAGUAACUGGACUCAACCUCCACUGCGGGGCGGCCGGGUUAGGGGCCGGCAGCGGCGGGGCCUCCUCUUCCGGAGGGCGGCUUUUGGCUUCGGGGAAGGAGGCCCCGGCCCCGCGGGAGGGAGGGGGAGGGGAAGCCGGUGCGGGGAUUGGCGGAAGCGCCGGCGCCAGUGCCCCGGCCACUCUUGCGCCGGACGCCCGGAGGGUCGCGCGACCCUCGCCCGUUAGCGCCGAGGGCCCCGACGUCACCGCGACGCCCCGCGCCCCGAGGCUGCUGUUCUUCGAGCCCACUCGCCGCGCGUCGCCGCCGCCUGGAGAGAUGGAAGGCCCAGCCGCCGACGCCAUCAUGUCGCCCGAAGAGGAGCUGGACGGGUACGAGCCGGAACCUCUGGGGAAGCGGCCGGCUGUCCUGCCCUUGCUGGAGUCGGUCGGGGAGGCCAGCAGUGGCCCUUGCAGGGACGGCUCACUGCCCUCGACGCCACCCCCAGCAGAGGAGGAGGAAGACGAGUUGUACCGGCUGUCGCUGGAGAUUAUCUCUCGGUACCUUCGGGAGCAGGCAACAGGCGCCAAGGACGCGAGACCACUGGCCGGGUCUGGGGCGGCCGGCCCGAAGGCGUUAGAGGCCCUCCGACGGGUCGGGGACCAGCUACAGCGCAACCACGAGACGGCCUUCCGAGGUAUGCUUCGGAAACUGGACAUCAAAAACGAAGACGAUGUCAAAUCUUUGUGUCCAGUGAUGGUCCACGUUUUCAGUGACGGAGUAACAAACUGGGGCAGGAUUGUGACUCUUAUUUCUUUUGGUGCCUUUGUGGCCAAACACUUGAAGAGGAUAAACCAAGAAAGCUGCAUCGAACCCUUAGCAGAAAGCAUCACAGAUGUUCUCGUGAGGACAAAACGAGACUGGCUAGUGAAACAAAGAGCCUGGGAUGGGUUUGUGGAGUCCUUCCACGUACAGGACCUAGAAGGUGGCGUCAGAAAUGUGUUGCUGGCUCUUGCAGGUGUUGUUGGAGUAGGAGUUGGUUUGGCAUAUCUAAUAAGAUAGCCUUUUAAGUGCAAUGAUUGACUUUUAACCAACCCGCACCAAAACCACCUAGGACUCCUGUGAAAUCAAAGGUAUUUAUGAAGCUGGACUUUGAGCUGUCCAGGCUGUAACCCCCAAGAGUUCGAGGCUAGCAACGUACAACAGCAGGUGGCAAGAGGAUUAUGGCUAACAGGAAUAAAUACAUGGGAAAAGUAGUCCUCCUUGAAGAGUCACUGUCUAAAAGAAGCAGAGGUCAGUUCAGCAACAGGCAAACUUUGGGAGGCCGUGGAGGAGGACUUUUCGAUUUAGUGAAGAUGGUGGGGUUGAAGAGACUUAAUUUCCUCGUCUAGAACAGGAGAGUGGCCAGUAGCCAGGCUAGUCCUAGAGUCCAUUAAAUAUGUCCACUGAAUUCAUUAACUUCUUAUAGCGUUACAAGAGAAGCAGUGGCAAUGGCAUUGAUCUGUAUAAAAUGGAUUGAAGCUACAGCUAAUAGAACUAUGACUAGAAGCCUGAGUACUGUACAACAGAGUGUGAAGGGAAGCUUUUGCCCUAUAAUUAGCUUUCCCAGGUAUACUUCCUGAAUAGAAAGUCCAAGUGCUCAGGACUUUUCUACCUGUUCUGCUUUGGCUUGGUUUGAGUGGUUUAGUUUUAAUAGCCUGGUGAUGGCCAAGAAUACUCGACUUAAGGCUCGAUACUUAGAGUUGCAAAUAUGAGAAUAGCCUCAAUUUUUAAGGUUAAAGCAUCUUGUAAAUGUAUUUGUCUGUAAAAAUUGUAUAUAUUUUUACAGAAAGUCUAUUUCUUUGAAAUGUAAAGGGAUGAAGAGUCUCCAGAGACAUCAGUUUUUGCAUACCCAUUUGAACUUGUGUAGUUAGGAACCUAUUUCUUACAGCUUUUGUAUUCUAAAUAUUGUUCUGGUCUUCUAGAUUGUACACAGAACCAAUUGGUGUAAUUGUACACAACUUGGUUGUAAUGGGACAAUUCUGAUUCAUAACUAUGCAGACUUUAAUUUUCCUAUCUGGUUGGUAAGUAUUCCUUAGUUUUUGUUUUUAUUUUUUUAAACCUGGGAUUGAGAAACUGAGGGAUGGGAAUUCAUCCUUUCACGGCCUUACAUGUGGGUUUUCAAUAAUUGAGUCAAGGUGGAGUUUAAGUUUUGGGCAGGGGGCGCAUGUGGGCUGAUACCUUACAAAAUAAUGGGCUCUGAUUGACGAGUAGCUACUCAUUUGAGUUCCUUCCACUUGACCUAAUUUAACUGGUAAAAUUUAAAUUGAGUUUAUGAGGUCAUCUUCAAAACUUUUGCUAAAAGAUUUUCAGCUGUUCCAAAUGGGACUUACUAACAGUGUGUAUAUACAAAGAUCCCAUCAGUGGAUGAGAGAUACUCGAUCCCUUGUUUGGUCAAUAAAUUGUAAAAUGAUGGCUUGGGGGAAAAAAAAGGGAAACAAAGUGAGGAGUGUUAUGGCACCAUAUAGUUGUGUCAUCCCCUACCCCUCACCCUAGAAAUGUAUCUAAGAGCAUGAGGGGGAUGCUGGAAUGGGAGAAAUAUCAUGGACUUGCAUGAAUAUUCCAAUGCAAUGAAAUGCUGAUGUUGGGACUUGGACUUUGGGUCCUGCCUGCUGGGAGCAAAUUGUGAAAUAGGUGGGCAACACCUCUGUGAUGUAUUGAUAUGUUUAUGUCCCUGUCUCAUCCAUAGUUAAAACAACAAAACAAAAAAACCCACCCUACUUGGCCCGGGGUAGGGGCUUGGGGCUGAUGGCUAAGGAGGGUGUGUGUUUCCUUCUGCGGGUAAUUAAAAUAUUCCAAAAGGGAUGACUGUGAUGGGUGCACACACCUGGGAAUGUUCUAAAAGCCAUGAAAUGAUACACUUUAGGGGCACCGGGGUGGGUCAGUCGUUAAGCGUCUGCUUUCGGCUCGGGUCAUGGUCCCAGGGUCCUGGGAUCAAGC